UUACUUUCGGAGCGCUUUCGCAGCAGUCGAAAAUUUUCAGCGGAUCGGCGCGCAGCUUUCCGAUCAGGUUCCGUGAAACGUACGAAAAUCGCUUUCCCACGUCGACCCGGAGCUCGCUGGAAUUGGGUUUAGCGGCAUGUCGCCACACUAUAAACUGAUUUACUUCAACGCUAGAGGGCGCGCCGAGCAUAUCCGUUUUAUAUUCGCCUAUGCCGGCGUGGAAUACGAGGACGAAAGGAUCUCGAGAGAAAAAUGGCCCGAAGUGAAAAAAAGAAUGCCUUUCGGCAUGCUCCCCGUCCUCGAAAUAGACGGAAAAGCCGUAGCUCAAAGCAACGCCGUGGCGAGAUAUCUGGCAAGACAAUACGGCUUAGCAGGACGAAAUGAAUGGGAAGCUUUGCAAUGCGACGUUUUAGUUGACACUCUAGGAGACCUUAAGCAAGUCCUUGCUCAGUUCCGAAUGGAACAAGACCCUAUUAAAAAAGAGGAGAAAAAAGCUCGGCUAAUGAGAGAGACCAUUCCAUUUUAUUUAUCUAAAUUUGAGAAAAUGCUGUCAGAAAAUAAUGGCUUCUCCGUGGGAUCAGACAUCACCUGGUGCGACUUCGUGUUCGCGGUCUCUCUCGAGAACUUCGAGCACAUCUUCGGCAAAGCUGCGCUGGAUCAGUAUCCGGCUCUGAAAGCUCUAAAAAUAAAAGUCUACAAUAUUCCUAGUAUAAGCGCAUGGGUGGGGAAGCGACCUACGACCGAAUCGUAAGAAGUCGUGUGCGUGUUAGUUGUCUACGUGUUGUACAUACAUUUAUGGGUAGGUUUGUAAAUGGACCACGUCCAUUCUGGCCUUAAUCUUCUUUUAGCGUUGUUUUGCCUUCCGGAUUGAAAGCUCUUAAAACAUAUCAGUUUCGAAAAUUUUCGGUUAAACAGGCAGCUGUACUAGGUGUAAGACUAAGUAUGUGUUCAGAAAAUCAAAAUUACAUAAAAACAUUUAUCAGUGUGUAUAAUGUAAAAUGGUAUACUGCUAUAAAAUACAAUAACAAAAUUGUACAUAGGACAAAUCUAGAGGUUUAUUUUUAGGGAAUUUUAGGAAAGCACGCUAAUUGUAAUAUUUUUGUAUUAUAUUUACAUUGUAAGGGUAACUCAGACGAGGAUUUCGGUUGUCGACACAUGGUUUGCAUCAGUUACGUAACGUAAGACUUAUCAUUUUUUAUUUGUUAUUAUUAUUACUAUACCGGGUGGCCCACUAAACUUGUAACAUUAAAAAAUUGGUCGAAGGUUAUUAUUUCCCCAGAAUCAAACUUCCUCCACCCCUGUAGUGCAUCCCAACAAAUCAAAUAAAUUUAUGAAUGUAUCAAGUUUUUGAUUUUUCAAUUUUUCGAAAACUGAAUUAAAGAAUCGAAAAAUCGAAAAACCCAAAAACUUUAAAAUCGAAAAAUUAUAGAACCGUCAAAAUUGUGAAGUCGAAAAAUUGGAAAAUUAAAAAUUCAAAAAUUGAAAAAUCGAACAAAUGAAGUUUUAAAAUCCAAUUAUUGAAAAAUAGAAAAAUUCUAAAUUCGUAAAACCGAAAAAUUUUAGAAACCAUAAUUAUCACUGCAAAUCAAAAUUUAAAGAAAUAAAAAAUUGAAAAAUCUGAAAGUUGAAAACUCGAUAAAUUGAAAACCGAAAAAAAAAGUGUUUAAAUCAGAACAUUGAAAAACCAAGAGAGUGAUAAAACAAAGAAAAUAAAAAACAGGAAUUACAAAUCCAAAAACUGAAGAAAUGAAAAAUCGAAUAAACCGAAAAGUUGAAACAGUCAAAUUUGGAAAAGGGAAAACUGGAAAAAUAAAAUGUUGUCUUUUUUUGUCAAUUUUCCGUUUCUCCAAUUUUUAUUUUCUAUAUUUUUACAAUUUUUCGAUUUUUCAAUGUUCCGAUUUUAUAAUUUUUUGUUUUUCCUAUUUCAAUUUUUUCAAUGUUGCGUUUAUUCAAC